CUUGUCGUAAAAUGAGAUGAAAUUUUCAAUGUAACCAUUUUGAUGCAAACUCAUUCUGCUUUAAACCUGUCUUUCACUGUAUUGAAUGUCAUAUCUUUAAGUCGGUACGCCGUGGGUGUCACUUUGAUUUCUGCCUUUUCAAGUCAGACUGCGUUGGAAGGAUGAAAGUUACUUUCAAAACGUUGAAACAACAAACAUUUGUUUUAGAUUUAGAGGAAGGCGACUUAGUUGGUGAUGUUAAAAAAAAGAUAGAGGCUGUGAGAGGUAGUGAGUUUGAUGCAAGUACACAGAAGCUAAUACACUCAGGCAAGGUAAUGGAAGAUAGCAAAUCUCUCAAAGACUACAAAGUGACGGAUUCUGGCUUUGUCGUGGUGAUGUCCAUCUCAAAACCUGUCAAAGAUACAACCAAAGAACCAAGUGUUACAGUACCAGCUAACUCUGUUGCAGAAGCAACACCGGCAGCAGAUAGUAAAAUUGCAGUAGCAGAUGUGAAAGAGACAUCAGGCAGUAAAUCGAGUUCCAUUCCUCACACCAGUCCACCUGUAGUUGCAACCACUCCACCAAGCACUACAAAUACCUUGGGUAUUGGUGAAAGUUCACUAGUCACUGGGGAGAACUUCGAGCGGGUUGUGCAGGAGUUGGUGUCUAUGGGUUACGAAAGGUCAUUGGUUGUUCGAGCAAUGAGAGCAGGUUUCAACAAUCCGGACAGAGCAUUUGAAUACCUUUCGUCGGGAAAUAUUCCAAAUGUGGAUAUAGUUGAACAACCAUCAGAUCAAAGAAGAGGGAAUGAAAGUGUGCCUUCUGAAGCACCUGGUGAUGCUGACGCACCAAGCUCGGAAUCACCUAGUUCUGACGAUCCAAUUGCAGCUCUUGCAAGCUUACCACAGUUUCAACAGAUGAGAGCUCUAGUACAAGCAAAUCCAGACCUGUUACCACAGCUCAUCCAACAGAUUGGGAAUGACAACGCAGACUUAUUCAGACUCAUUCAAGAAAAUGAGCAGGCAUUUUUGGAAUUUCUGAAUACUCCUGUUACUGGUACCACUCGUCCUGCUGGUCAACGUCAAACUGUCCUCACCAUGACAGCUGAAGAGCGUGCUGCCGUAGAUCGUUUAAAGGCUCUGGGGUUUCCAGAAGAGUUGGUUAUUCAGGCAUAUUACGCAUGUGAGAAAAACGAGGACGCCGCUGCGAAUUUCCUGUUAAGCGAAAGUUUGGAUGAUGAAAUGGUAUGAAUUGGUUCCACAUACUUUAUAACUAUUUUAUACGUUUGUGAUAAUCCUUGUUGGAGUGUCACGUACACAUUUGUAACAAAUCCGCAUCCAUUUCCCCUUCCACUACAGCCUUGAACUAAUUGCGUUAUGUCCAUUCAUCAGUUUCCAUGUUUAUUCUUGCUUAUUCAUUUUUCAAAGGCAAUGGUUGCAAAAAAUAUCGGUGCUAUGUUAUGGAACAGUGACAGUGUUGCCAAUGUUUGUGUACACACAUACACCUAUCAACUACUUUUUGAUUUGAAGGAUUUCUCAUUGUUUUCGAAUCAGUCAGUUUUCUGUUUGUCUACGGAGCAUACAAAUAUUUCAUUUGCACCGCUGUAAACUGUUUUCUGUUCGACUCCAUUCAUGUGAUUGGCUUCUAGCCUUUUUACGUUAUCUAUGUGAAAUUGUAUUUUGCACAUAGAACCAAAUGCAUGAGGUUCUCUGUUUGAACAAAUACGGUUAGUUUUGUGGGUGAAAAAAAAACUAGUUUUACAACUUUAAGGUUUUCAAGAAUAUGGACAUCAUUAGAGAUAAAUAUUUUUCGUAUUCUUAACCUACUCUCCAGUUAUGUUUACGUUUGAUUGUUAUUUCAACACCAGCAAAACUAAGCUUUUUCGGUACUGUAUCUGAUCCAGCGUCCUCUUUUCUUAGUCACCGAAAGUUAGCUACAAAAAUAUGUUUUGAACGUUAUUAGGUAGCCAAUAUUGUUUCACUGUGGGAAACAUCUAACGAAUGAAGUAAUGUAGAAAGUCGACUUUGAAACAGAACUCGAAUGUAAUAUUUAUUGCUUUAUCCCAG